UGUUUAUGUAUGGCUAAAAUUGGGAUACACCGAGAACACACACCACCCAUUCAUCUGCUGCGUGUCCGCAUUUUCACUCAAUCAUUUUCAGUUUAUUAUUCCCCUAAUUUAUGCAAUAAUGAGUGCUCUGCGAUCAAAUCUAAUGGAAUGCAACAAAUCAAGUAUUAAAAAAAAUAUAAAAUACUUAACGUGACAUUCUGUUGCAAAUUUUAUUUCAUUUAAAAGGAAAGUAAGAAAAAGAAAAGAGAACAAAGGAUUAAAAAUACUCGGUUUUAAGAAAUAAAUUCACUAGUAAAUAAAUCGUUUGUUUCGUUCCAUUUUCAUUUAUAGCAAUACAAACUAAACUGGAAUAUUUGAGUAUUUCCCUAUACCAUCUUUAUGAUCAAAUAAAAAAUGAAUGCUUUCUUGCACUCUCCACUGUUAUGACAAACGAUGUAUUGGUCCAUAGAUCACAGAUACUAUCAGUUACAUGCUUAUUGUAAAAUAUCAUCGAAUUUAAUUCAGUGGAUGAAUAGCGAGGAAAUAUAACGACCUGGAAUAACCAAUACAUUAAUUCUACAUAAAACUGGUUAAAUCAUAGAAUGCAGCGAUAUUUACCAAACUUUGCAUACAAAUUCAAAAUUUCAGUAAUCACUUCAUUUAUUCUCCAUAUCGUUUUAAUAUGUAAUGCUAAAUCCUCCGAAAUAGAUAUUAUCACAGCACCACAAGAUGUAACCUAUCUGAAAACAAGUGCUUCAGCUGAGCACUUGUCUCUGAGAGCUGACAAUAAUCACAAUAAAUUUUUGUCAUUAGUGAACAGUUCAAAUAAUGAUGAAUGCAUCAGUGAAAAUACGUCUGUAUUAACAACAUCUAUCAUUUUUAUUUUAUCUUUAAUAGUUGCUUUGGCUACAGCUGGGGGAAAUUUUCUUGUUAUUCUUGCUGUGAUACUUGUGAAAAAACUUCAAACACCCAGUAAUAUUCUAAUCGGUAGUUUAGCAUUCAGUGAUUUUUUUGUAGCAUUAUUAGUUCUACCAUUCACAAUAAUUGAUGCAUUUAAAGGAUACUGGCCAUUUAAUGAAGGAUUAUGCGAUAUGUACAUAUCCUUUGAUGUUCUUUUAUGUACUGCUUCAAUUCUUAAUCUUUGCGCUAUCUCUAUUGACCGUUAUUUAGUUAUAACAAAACCAUUAACAUAUGCCAGUAGACGAACACCAUGUAGAAUGGCUGCUAUGAUAGCUGCUGCAUGGAUUGGUUCAGCUUUGAUUAGUAUACCACCAAAUUUUGGAUGGAAAGAACCCUUUCAAAAAUGUGCUUGUGAAUAUAGUAAAAAUGUUGGCUAUCAAGUGUAUGCAACAUUUUUUGCAUUUUAUCUACCCCUUUUUGUUAUGAUCAUUCUUUAUGGGAGAAUAUUUAAACUAGCCAGAGAAAUGUCACGUACCGGUCAUACACAAAUGACACCAAGUACAGCAAGAAAGUCGACUGGAAUACAGGAAAAUGCCUACAUGGAUCCAAAAGUAGGGUGUAUCACAGAUCAGCAAGCACAGAAUGAGCUACAGUUCACGGAGACCAGUACUGCUGAUGGACACAAUCGAACAAAUGAAAAUGUAAAUGGUGUUAAAAGUGAUAAAAAUGCGAGUAUUUGUUGUGAAUCGCGAGAAAAAUAUGAAAGACUGAAUUCGAAUUCAUCACGGAAAUUACUAACUGACUCAACAAAUCUGACAAAUGAUAUAAAUGUAGAGAUUAACAGACGACGAUCACGUGGGAAUUCUGAUACGAAAGUAAUUAAAACACUUGGAGUUAUUAUGGGAUGUUUUUGCCUUUGUUGGCUUCCAUUUUUUAUGAUACAACUGCUUUUAGCACUCCUUAGUGCAGCUGGUUAUGACACUGCAAAUAUGAUACCAGUCAGUGUAUUUCGAUUUUUGCAGUGGUUAGGUUACGUCAACAGUUUCUUAAAUCCCCUGAUCUACGCUAAAUUUGACAGAGAGUUUCGUGGUCCUUUCAAAAUGAUACUUCUUUGUCACUGUCGUAAUAUUAAUGCAAGAUUACGUGCAGUUCAUUAUUCUGCUCAGUAUGGUUUACCAAGUUCAUCGAAUAAACGUCAGAGUGUUAUAUCAUCAUCAAUAACACGUGGGGAUUUGACCUCAAGGUGGCUUAAACAGUCUGCUAAUCGAAGAUGUGCAAAUACAACACCUACACGACCAAGACCAAGACCUCAGUUAAAUGCACGAAACAUAAACUUAGGUAUCAAGGAGGACAGAUGAUAUACAUAAAUAUAUUAAUCGUAAAAACUUAUUCUAGAACACAUACUGACGGGAAUCAGCAUCCCUCACUUCAAUGUAAAUAAGUUCUUUUUAUAAGUCAUCAUUGAUAAACUCAUCCCUUGCCAAUAAAACAUGCUCUCUUCAUGACCCACCUCCUAUGGACACAAAAGUCGAAAGUUUCUCCUGGUCAGGGAAUGUAAAAGAUUUCAGAUUCUUUAGAUCACAUAAUUUCAACUCAGAUGACACUGUGAAUGAGGAAAAGUAACUGAUUUAGUUUAAAUUCUCCUUCUUUUUUUUUUACUCCAGAACCACAUUUGCCACUUAAAUCACUGCCAUAUUAGGUGCUCUUCUUCCUCCUCCUUUUGUACAUUUCAUUUCUUGAUUGUUAUCUUUUCAUUUUGUAUUUAACACGAAUAAACAAACAGUUUGCAGCAUCCUGAUAAUCCGAGCAAAACAUCCUUUUUGUUUCGUGCAUCCUUUAUUAUUUAUGGAAACAGUUAACCAAGAGAAUAGUGCCAAGCGACUUUUUUUAUACUCCACUGAAAUACAAAUAAAUGAAAUGUAUUAUUGUAAAAUAUCAUUCAACAUUAAUCUGAUGUAAGAUGCUAUAACUUACUUUUUAUACUGCAGUUAACUUCUUGAAUCUGAAUUGAAAAGUGACUUGCCAAUAGACAGUAGAUUUUAUCUUGUGUGCUUGGGUGAAUAUAUAUAUAUAUAUAUAU